GGUGAGAGGUCGGAGGCGGGGUGGCCGGGGCCGGUCCAGCUCGGACCUUGCCCUCACCUGUUCGGCGUGCUCGCUGAUGCCCUCCAGCUUGAAGAGCAGCCGCGACAGGCCGGCCACCGUAUAGAGCUGCUGCUGCAGCAGCACGGCCACCAGCAGCGCCAGCGAGGCCGGCAGCACCCAGCGCCGCCGUCGGCUCCCGCAGUCACUCAGCUCAGCACCCUCCGUCAGCAGACGGCCGUAGCCGGUCAGCCGGCGCAGCUGGGCCGGCUGCACGCCCAGCUGGCGACAUCGCGCGAGCACCGCCUCCGCUCGAGCGGUGAUGUCCGCCGUCCCCACCGCGCCGUCCCCGGCCAUAGCGACCACUGACGGCCGGCGGAGCGGGAGCGGAGCGCAUCGCCGGCGCCGAGGACCCGCGGGCGGCCGAGCUACAAGGUGAAGGAGUCAGCUCGAUGCCCCUUCGCUGCAGCUUACUGCCACCUACCGGCGGUUCUUCAAAUCUAAGCUUUCAGCAUUUACCGAAUUUACAAUUUGAUAGUAGGUAAUACUUCAUUUGGUAACUCUCGAGAUUUUGGUGUAUUGCGCUUCCAUAUUGCUGCGCGUGUUUCUGUGCCCGUCUCCGCCGGUGGAAUUUAUUUCGCGCCGUUGGGGGGCGUGGAUUAUUAUUGCAAGGGUGUAGCAGAUUUGUCGGAGAGGCCCAGGAUCCACAGGCGUUUCAGCACAGGCUGUUGCAGCUGCUGCAGCUCAGUGCAGCACCCACAGGCGUUUCAGCGCAGCGGUGGCGCCACAGUUUCAGCUUAGGUAACAGGUCAGUCAACGCGACCAGCCAUGGGCGAGGACCGCGACCGCGACCGCGACCGGGACAGGGACAGAGAUCGGCGGCGGCGCAGCCGGUCACGGGACAGGGACCGUCGUAGGUCUCGGUCGCGCGACCGCAAGCGGGACCGGUCUCGGUCUCGUGACCGCGGCGGUAGCAGCAGCGUGACGAAGCUGACGCGCAAGAAGCCCAGCAAGUACUGGGACAUCCCGCCCCCCGGCUUCGAGCACAUCACACCGCUACAGUACAAGGCGAUGCAGGCAGCUGGCCAGAUACCCACCAACCCCAUCGCGGACGCGCUUACCAACACACCUGUCGUGGGCUCGGCCGUAACACGCCAGGCGCGCCGUCUCUACGUGGGCAACAUCCCCUUUGGCGUCACUGAGGAGGAGAUGAUGGAGUUCUUCAACCAGCAGAUGCAUCUUAGUGGCCUGGCUCAGGCAGCUGGUAGUCCUGUGCUCGCUUGUCAGAUUAACCUGGACAAAAACUUUGCCUUCCUCGAGUUCCGCUCCAUUGACGAGUGUACGCAGGCGGUGGCGUUUGACGGUAUCAAUCUGAAGGGCCAGAGCCUGAAGAUCCGCCGGCCGCACGACUACCAACCCAUGCCGGGUAUCACCGAUGGGCCCGCGUCGAAUGUCCCGGGCGUUGUCGGCGUCAUAUCUACGGUUGUGCCGGACUCGCCGAACAAGAUCUUCGUGGGUGGCCUGCCGAGUUACCUGACCGAGGACCAGGUCAAGGAGCUGCUCAUGUCCUUCGGCCAACUGCGCGCCUUCAACCUGGUCAAAGACUCUGCAACAGGUCUGAGCAAAGGAUUCGCGUUCUGUGAAUACGUGGACACCUCUCUGACGGAGCAGGCGAUCCAGGGUCUGAACGGCAUGCAGUUGGGUGACAAGAAGCUGAUUGUUCAGCGCGCCAACGUCGGUUCCAAGAACUCGGGCAUGAUGGCGCCGGUGCAGAUCCAGGUGCCGGGCCUGCAGAUGGCGAGCGGCGCCGGCCCGGCCACCGAGGUGCUCUGUCUGCUCAACAUGGUCACCCCGGACGAGCUGCGCGACGACGAGGAAUACGAAGACAUCGUCGAGGAUAUCAAACUCGAAUGCAGCAAGUACGGUGUGGUCAAGAGUAUUGAGAUCCCGCGGCCGAUCGACGGUGUGGAGGUGCCUGGUCUUGGCAAGGUGUUUGUCGAGUUCAACUCUGUGCUUGAUUGCCAGAAGGCUCAGCAGCACCUGACCGGUCGUAAGUUCGCCAGCCGCGUGGUGGUCACCUCGUACGUCGACCCAGACCGCUAUCACCGGCGCGAUUUCUGAGCAGUAUCCAUUGAGCAGCACGCGCUAGCCAUCGACUCGGGGGUUUCGUGCUGGUGUCGAGUCCCGGGCGCGUCCGCGCGUGUAACGUAAGCCGUGUCCAUCUAUCUCAUCGACAGUGGCCAGCAUGCGCGGCAUCUGCUGGGAUGUGUGCGUGACGCUAAGACAUUUAGAUGUGACACAGAAUCAUUAACAUCGUCAUGGCUCGACACUUCAAAAGUGAAAUAGCAAGUCCUGUAUUAAAAUAAGUGUUUCUCUCCCUUUUUCUGUCUAUCUUUGUCGCGAAAUGAUUUACGCAUCUUCAUGAAGUUUGCCGAGCCGCACUACAAUAUUGUUGAGUAUCGGCUAGGAGCCCUGGAGUUGAGCUCGUUGUAUGGUACUCGUCAGAUGUAGCAAAUAAAUCGGCAUCGGAUUU